GUGUCAGGGCGAGGGAGGGUCCGGAGGGCGUCGUGGCGAGGAGGCGGAGGGGCGGCGCGCGCCGGGGUGCCGCACUGGGCUCGCUCGGGCGCCAGUCGAGCACCACACCUGAGACGGCACACAGCGCUCCCCGGCCGCGUGUGUACCUGUGUGCGUUCCGGUGCCCAUCCCAGCGAGUCCGCGUCAGUGUCGUCGGUGUAAGGCAGGAGCCGCGAUGAGGCGCGCCCGGUGUGUGUAGCGCGUCCGAGUGAGCCGUUCCCGUCGCAGGAGAAGUGACACGUUGUGGUGAGCCGCAGAGAGCGCGGGUGUGGAAGUGUUUGUGUUUGUGGUGGCGGCGCAAGGGCGGCUGCGGCGGCUGCGGCGGCCCCAUGCCGUGCGAGCCCCCCUGGUGGAGCUGCGGCGGCGACUGCCUUCCCCUCCACCUCCCGCUGCGCCGGCAGGCAGGGCCUCCCCCCCACACCACCACCACGGAGGCGGGAGCGUCGCCAGAGCCUCUCUGGGCUGACUCCGCCGCCAGCGACAGCGUCGGCAGCGGCGACUGCGGGCGGCGCGGGCGGGCUGCGGGCGGGUGUUGUGCGUGGGCGCGCGGGCUGGGCGGGGCGGCCUCGCCCUCCAAGCUAUGCCCGGGCGGCGCCGCGCCCUGCUUCAUGUUCAUGUUCCGCUCCAGGAAGAACGCCCUGGUGAAGCGAGCCUGGAAGGCGCGGCGGGCGGGGCUCGGCGACGCCCGCGAGGACGUGCCGCAGGCGCUCAAGGGCGCGGCGCUGCAGCUUCUCCGCCGCCUGACGGAGGCGCAGCUGGACCUGCUCGUGACUGCGCUUGACUCCGGCGGCGUCGAGCCCGGCGAGUGCGUGCUCGUGCCGCGGGUGCCCGACGCGGGCGCGGGCGGCGCCGCCCUCGCGCCGCACCUCCUCAUGGUCAGGGUGUGGCGCUGGCCCGACCUGCACGACGCCCCCGGCCCCCACGGCAGCGCGCCCCUUCGCCGCCUGCCCUGCUGCGCCGCCCGCAACGACCACGUCUACGUGUGUGCCAACCCCUACCACUGGGCCCGAGUCCUCCAAACAGAAUCCCCGCCGCCGCCUUACAGGAGGUUUAGCAGUCGCGACCUCCUCAGACCAGAAGAUGCCGCCCCCAGUGAAGACAGUCAGUGCCUGGUGGAGUCCCAGGAGACGGGCGGGACCCACGACUACGGGUCUUAUUCCACCCACGGACCCGGUAAGUAAGCCCCUUUGGUUGUAGUUGUUAUAAUUCUU